AAAUCUAUAGUGGGAAUAUCUGUAAUCUGAUUGGUUGAGAGUAGCUGUGAACACACUCAAACGUUUAACAACAUCUCAUUUUCAAAAGCGUGACUUGAAUUUUGAUCUUUCGAAAUAUACGUUCGGAAAUCGUGAUAACUUACAUUACAAUGGCUUCGGCUAAUGAAAUCGAUAUAACAAGUGAACUACAAAAGAAACCCUUUUCUGUUCGACAAUCAGGCGAGCAAAAUAUACUCGUAAAGCAGCGGCCAAUUCCAAAUUUACAAGCGACUGCAGGCAUUUGAAGCUUUCAGGAAAGUUGGUACUCGAAGAAAGAUUGGUUUUGUGGUAGCUCAGAAAAGAAUGCAUUGUUCUGUUGGCCUUGUCUUUUAUUUUGCCCUGGAUCGUCAUCUUCAUGGACUUAGACGGGAUUCAAAAACAUGAAGAAUUUCCUAUCCGAUUGUAAGAAGCAUGAGAAGGCAAAAUCGCACAUGGGCGCCUUGAAAGUUUUGCCAAGAUGGAUUCUGUUUUUGAAAGGCGAUUACAUGGAAGGCUUGCUGAAACCCACCUUGCUGGGGAAGGGCGGUUUACUGGAGUCUCUCCUGAUAUUCAGAAUGAUUUGAUUGAUUGUCUUGAUAAGAUAAUAAAGGAUGAGAUUUUAAAGGAAAUAUAUUGCUGCACUUUCAUAACUCUACAGGUUGAUGAGGCAACUGAUGUUUCUACCAAAGAACUAUUCAGUGUAAUUGUUCGAAUGGACAAAGGGGAAAGUGUCAUUGAAAGACAGCUUGGGUUUGUUGAUGUUAGUUGUGAUAGGACUGCAACUGCUAUAUCAUCAGUAGUUAAGGUUGGGAUGAUGAAACGUUAAGUAAGGUUACUGGUUUACUUGGCUACCUUAAUGGCUUCUUGUUUUGUUUCUUGGUACAUGUUUUCCAGAGAAUUCUUGAGCAGUCAUCCAUACUUUAUUCUAUCUUGCAAGACAAGGACACUGUUGAAUAAAUGGGACCACCAGUAACCAGGUAUGACCAACGGCAUAAUUACAAACAAAUGUAUUUUUUAAUUCUUGACACAAUUGUGACUAUGCUUACUGAGCGAUUUCAGGAUAUGGA